AUGGCCGACCGACCCAAACGACUUCAUACGUCGAACUCCUUUACACGUAUGGAGAAGACUCCGGAAAGCACCCUACAGAGUCCACCCAUGCCUGCCAUCCUCGACCCUUUGAAGGUCACGGCUACCCCAGAGGAGGAGGAAGGUCAUGCAGACGGCGAUGUAUUUGCAUCCAAGGAAGAUGAAGAGGAGCAAAUGGAGCACCAGAACGUACCAGAAGGCUUCGAGGAGCUACCGAUAGAGAUCCGCAGCUUGACGGAAAGAUUCCUCGAGUCGCUUUCUGCCAAAGUCCAUCCGAGCCCAUUAUCCGCCGACCGCUUGUCGGAUCUGUUCCAGGACUUCUACACCCGCGCAUCUGGCAAGAUCAACACCCACAUAGCUACUCUGUCUGCCCGUCUCAACAGCGACUCAUACAAGAAGACGUCCGCUUCUAGUCGCCCUGGCUCGGUACGCUCGAUUAGCGGCGAAAGCGGCGAACAACAGAUGCUCAGUGCAUCUGAGAUGGCCGACAGAAAGAAGGCUAGGAAAUUACUGGAGGUCAAGCGGGUCUCGCUCGAGGAGGCUGCGGAACGAGCUGUUUGUGAAAAGGUGUACGAUCGUAUUUGGCGGCACCGGAGUACGGAUGACGAGGAAAGGGAUCAUAAGCUUCGGUCACGAACAGCUGCCUUGUCACUGGUGGGCAUUGGCCUGAAAGAGCUGUUGAUGACCGCCGAAGAGUUCACUGAAGAGGAGCGCAGGAAAACCAAAGAGCGUGAAGGGGAAAUCAGAGAGUGGUUAUCCACUGCUCGAGACGACAUACUUUUGAUGAGCGAAGAGAAAUACCCGCUUGGGAAGCUGCGCCAUCUGACUGCUGCACACAAAUCCAUUGUCGAAGCUCUGUCAAAGAUCUUUCCAGCUUCAUCUUCUGCAGAUGAGAUCCUGCCUACAUUGAUUUACACCCUCAUCACCUUGGAGCCAUCGCGGCUCAACGCAUACAGCGAUCUGAAAUUCAUCCAAAGGUUCCGUGGCUCCACACGCAUGGAUGGCGAGACAGCCUACUGCUUGGUCAAUUUGGAAGCGGCCGUGUCAUUCUUAGAGACCGUUGACCUCUCGUCUCUUCGAGCAGAAGAGCCCGGUCCCAAAGAGAAGACUGGUUCCCGGCCACCCACACCACAAAAAUCCGAGAUAACCCCUAUGCCACUUGGGUUGGCACAAGCUCCAGACUUGACUCAGACGCCAGCUACUCCGACUUCCUCCUUAGCGCUACAACAGCCUCCGAGCCCCGGAACAAAGGCACAGCGUCGACUGAGCAAUCUCAUCCAAACACAGACGAAUCGCAUAGAAGCCGCCUCAGAUGCCGUCAAAGAGUCGAUCCUAGAUUCUGCUGACCAAGCAUUAGGGAGAAUCAACAAUACACUUGAUACAAGCUUUAAAUUUCUCUUCGGUCGAAUGAAGGACCGCGAUCCCAACAGCCCGGUCCAGGAGCCAGUAGAGCUCCCCAAGACGCUGGAAGACGCGAGGAAAUUAGUCAGUUCGCCCACGCGCCUAGAAACAGAAGACGACACCGCAAGUGUUAGCGGCGCAAGCUCCAUUCAUGGCGAAGAACGUGGGGAAGAGCAAGGUAGACCGGACUUGCAGGCGCGGAUGACAGACUUGUUUGGCGGUCGCCGCCAGCUGAGGGAUCGCAGCGUAGACUCUACACAGUCUGGGGGCAGCGGCAAACGCGUCGCGUUCGAUGCUAAACCGCCUCCAAUAGUCACGAAGAGUGAAGCAAUACCUCCUCAGCCGAAUGCUUCUGCCGUCGAUUCCCUCCGCAAUAUGGGCAACAGCUUAAACCCGCUUAAUCGCUUCGCAAGCAUCAACGUCAUUCCCAGAUUUGGUCGUACCGUGAGCCAGUCUACCACACCAAACGUAGGAACGCCGACUUCCGAGGCAAAUAAACAGUUACCUGCAGCAGCGACUGUGAAUAGGUCGCCGUCAGGGGAGGCGGCUGCACAAGUAGAUGACAAGGGUGCGAGGGCGAUCGCAGCGAUAGAAGCAUUAAAGAAAACGACUCCGCCGGUAAAACGAUUUCUGGAGGCGAAAGAUUCGCAGGACUUGAAGUUGAAGGAGGUGGACGAACUGUUGAAGGAGUACCAGAGGUUGGCUAUCGCGCUGAAAGGCACGAUCAACCAUUGA